AUGGGACGCACUCUAUUCGGAAAGGCGUUGCUACGGGGAGUUCAAGACCGCUAUAUUCGGUACGAAGCAGCUGGCGAUCAAUACCUCGGUCGAGUAGUAGCUAGAUUACCGCUUUCGCGCCCAGAGUUUGCAAUCCUGCCACCGCAUUUUACAAACAACGAGAGCCCUUUAUUACUGGCGCGCAUUCGAAAAUUGUACCCGUCAUUGUUCGAGAUCAGCAGUAUCGUGGAUAUUCGCAAGCUAUGUGUCGCUUCACUAGUCAAACAUUCUGUGUAUCUGCGCGCUACGCUACCUCCGUCACAUCCCAUAUUAACGACAGCUUUGUUCCGAGACACAGAGAUGAUGAACGAACUUAACGCUUUCCUAGUUUUUGGUGACUCGCUGUGGAUGAAACCCACCGGGAUUCCGCCUCACGUCGAGAUUUACAAGCAACUUCAGGGUGUUCAACAGUCCAUUGACAACCUGCCUCCUGUUCGCCUCGAAGGAAUGAGUUCCCUUAUUGAAAGCAAAGGGGUCACUGCAGGCAAUACAACCAAAGAUUUACUGGAAUCAACAAUCGCGAAACUACUAGCGCGCGUAGGUUUAGUGCGCGAGUGCAGUGGACGAGCUACUACAUCGUCUGCGGAGCAACACACGACAGGAACGGCUCAUUACUACGACGGGAAGUUUCACAUGCUCCCAAAAUCGUUUGAAUUUCCUAAAACUGAAGCAUUCGGGGCUUGGAUGUUGUGA